UAUUAAAAUUUGACAGCUUACGAUCGUACCCAGAGUUUGUCGCCAUUUUGACUAUAACUAUGGUGUACAGGGCCUCUACCUUGCGAAGGUUAGCCAUCGCACAGAUGGUAUUUGGGUCUUUGAUGAUCUUUUUCGGAAUAGCAUCUAUUUUCUCCGCCAAAUACUGGAGUUCGCAUGUUGGUUUCGGUAUCUGGGUUGGCUUUUGGGUUUUUAUCACUGGAAUUUUGGGGUAUAUCGGAGCAAAAGAUAAUUCAGUCCCAAACAAGUGUUUGAUUGGAUGUUUUAUGGGUUUCUCCAUUACGGGUUGUGUCAUCUCAGGUGUGAUGUUCAUUUGCUAUUGUGUUACUCUGGGAAAUUACUCCAAAAUGAAGGCAGCCUGCGAGAAUUGGUACAGUAUUAACAAUCGUUAUGGGAACUAUCAUCAUGAUUGCUAUCAAUGGUAUGACUUUGACAGAAAAACUGCAGCAAAUGUGGCUGGUUUAGGCUCAUGUUUGCUUCUUUUCUCCUUGGUUGAGUUCUUCUUGGCCCUUGCGUCAUCAAUCUAUUGUUGUAUGGCAGUGUGUUAUGGUACUUCACCAGGAGUUGUUGUGAAUACUACAAGGACCAACCAGCAAGUGAUGUAUGUACAGCCUCAAUACCUGUACCCAGGGGCACAGCCUGGUGUGAUUAUAAUGCAGUCUGGUUCUGGUGUGGUGCCACAGGGAUACCCAGCGACAGGCCAGCCAGCUGUGUAUACUGCACAGCAGCCUGGCAUGGUUGCACAGCCUGGGGUAGCCUUUCAGCAACCCACUUACUGGGCAGUUCCCUCAGGAUCCAACCCAGCUGGAGCAGUCACUGUGCCUCAUUCAGCUGCUGCCCCUCGAAUGCAGAAUCAAGCUCAAGUCCAGAUACCUACAGCGUUGAAGGAUGAGGACUUACCACCACCAUAUUCAUUUGCACAGACAGUCAAUGUACCGCCAGCAGCUUCCUCUUCUGUAGAUGCCAAUCCAAAUAAUUAGUUUCUGGUCCCAUUAAUCAAUGAAUGUGCAGUUACAUCUGGAGAGCUUAAUAGUGUAAUAGGGGCAUGCUUUAGGAAUUUAUGUGCUUGUGAGCUCAUGUAGUGGAGGGGACAGGGAUGGGAACCAGGGAAGAGGAGUGGUAGGAAAGGACAAUGGGAUAAGAGAGGAGAGGGUGAAAAGUGGGAACUGACUGAGGGAGGGAAAUGUAAAAAUAUGAACAAUUAUGCAUAGAAAAAUGGGAGAUGCAUUUAACAAAAGAUGAUACUGUGACCCAGUGGGAGAGAAGGGUAAUGUAAGCAAGAGAUUCCCCCCCUUCCCCCAUCUAUAUGUAAUAGGCUGAAUUAUGCAGGCACACUUUUUGAUUGGCUCUUACUUAUGAGCUAUUGGAGGACAGACAAUAGAUGAUGUCACCAAUGAUAUUUUGCUUCUUUAUUAUAUAAAUAUAAAAAAUAUGGUUAGAGAUGACGUCACAAUGUGGUUUGAAAUCUUACCACAUUUUGAUAUCAUCUGUUAUUACUGAACAGAGGCGUGGCAGCAUGAAAUUUCUUGCAGUGUGUAGCUUUGAUGUUCAUGAAGAUAUGGGUAAUAAUAUAAUACCAUAAUUAUGACAAUGAUUAUAAUGCUAUAAUUAAUUAAUGUGGUAAUAUUAGUUAAUAAUAGGCCAGAUUUGCAUUUUAUUAGGAAAUUAUGAUUUAGAUGUGACACUUCUUUUUUCUAUAUUGAAAUGCUAAAUGCAACUUUUAAUCCUGAAUUGCAGCCCGUUUUUUAAGUAUUUUAACUAUAAUAGUAGUGCUUAUAAUAAGCUACCGUUGUAAAUAUAAUUUUUCUCCUUGAAUAAUUAUUAUUUUGUUCAGUUUUGUAGGGCAGGAUUCAUUGCAAUAACGUUGUAGCCUUGACAUGUUGAGUUAAAACUCCAUUUUAAAGCAAUAAAGUGUGUCAGACAUGCUA